AGGGGGCGGGGUUUCGGAGAAGGACGGACGUCGCCAGAACACCGGGUGUCAGUUUGUCGGCCCACCGCUAGAAAGCCAGCAGGUUACGGGCCGCGGCGCCGUCCUGAGUCCGUCUGUGGCGUGUGUCAGGAGUUCGGUUUGUUCUCCGCGGUGUGAUGGAACUGGGCAGGAUGGAUGAAAAUGACUGGAAAUACCACGGAGAAGGAAACAAGAGCCUGGUGGUCUCCCACGUUCAGCACUGCAGAGUUUUACGUCUCCUCAAAUAUCCAGCAGAAGACUCGGAGAACCCUCCACAGACGGCGGAGCAGGCCUUCAGGCAGAUCCAGAACAUCGUGGACUUCAGCUCCAACGUCAUGAGCAGCCUGCUGGGGGACAAGGUCGUCCACAGUGGGGAAGUGGUCAGACUGCCGCUGGAGUUUGUUCGCCAGUUAUCCAUCAAGAUUCAGCACCAGAGACCCGCCUGGCGCUGUGAUAAAGUCAUGGACAUCUACAGCGGCUGCGCUCUCUGCCUGCCCAACCUGACAUCUCCAACCCUGCACCAGCCGACACCACCCGCCCCGCCUCUCUGCAUCGAGAUCAAGCCGAAAUGCGGCUUCCUGCCGUCACCCAAACACGUCAGCAAGGACAUCAAGACCAGAGUGUGUCGAUACUGCAUGCACCAGCACUACAAGGUGGCCAACGGGAAGUGGAAGAGACGCAGUCUGUACUGUCCUCUGGACCUGUUCUCAGGAAACAGACAGAGAAUGCACUUCGCCAUCCGACACCUGAUAGAAGAACCUCAGAACAACCUCAAGGUGUUUAAGGGCGGUCAGUGUAUUUACAGCAGUAAGGAGGGCAGCAACGAGUCGCCCGACACAAACUCUCUGCUGCAUCACCUCAGACCGUACUUCCUGCGUGGAAACAACCGCAUCAACGGUCACAUGACCACCAAAGCCGUCCUGAAUGACUUCAUCCAGGUCCUGGUGAACGCCCUGCUGAGCGCCGCAGGAGGAGACGGAGGUCAGGUGACUGACAGAGCAGGAGAGGGGCGGAGCUUCUGUGAGGCCAGUCUGUUCAACAACGAGCGGAUCCGCCACGGAUCUCAGGGUUUACCUACCAGCAGCGUUCUGUCCAGGAUCCUUCAGACCCAGAUGUUGGACACGUUGGACAUCGAAGGACUUUAUCCUCUGUACCGCCGUGUGGAGCAACACCUGCAGGACUUCCCCGAGGAAAGGACUCGCCUCCAGAUAGACGGACCGUACGACCAGAACUUCCUGGAGAAGGUGCAGAAAUGUUGGAUGGAGGACGACGGCUCUGUGGAGUACGCUGCAGCCAAGGUCCAUCAGUACCGGAUCGCCCUGACGGCUAAGGACUGCUCCAUCAUGGCUGCUCUUGUUCCCAGUGUUGAGGAAGAGGACGAUGAUGAAGACCUCUCCUCUCAGAAGCAUCUCAGGGACUUCAGACCUCAGGCCUUCUCCUCCUCCGUCUCCAUCCUGGAUUUGGAUCCAAAGCCGUUGGACAGCAUCCCCCGCCAGCAGCGUUUGGACCAGAAGAUCGUCUCGUGUUACCUGAGGACGGGCGGUGCCUUGCCCAAGGGCUCCUUGCCGCUGCUCCCCAACAUCAUCACGGCUGCAGAGAGGGAGGACCGAACGCUGCUCUUCCAGCCCGUGUGAACGGCUGGUUCUGUCUGUCUGAGAGAGGUCCGAUCAGGAGGAGAAUCCAGCAUCCGUUCUGCUUCAGUUAACCACAAUCUCACAGCUUCAUUCUGUCACCAACAUCCUCUCUGACCUCUCCUUGGAUGGAAGCUGUUGUCAUAGCAACAAGCUCUGAUGCUAUGAUGUCAGAGGUCCUCAGCUGAUCAUCAUCAUCAACACUAACAGCUGUGAUACAAACACAGUCAACAGGCCGUCUGCUGCAUCGCUUUAAAGGUCAAAUGUGCUGUUAAAGGGUCAGUUCACCAGAAUCAGAACCACGAAAACCUCCUGGGUCAGACGGUUCUGGUCUCAACAGUCUGAAAACCUGGAGACAACCUCCGAUGUUCCCACUGAUUAAAUGAGUUUAUUUGUUGUCAGGCAGGAGGAGGACAGCCUUUCAUGUAGUUUUAACAUUAUUAAAAAACUCCAGCAUCAGGUUGAGCUGAGACCUCUGAGUGUUUGAGGAAACCGGGUUUUGUUCUGGGCUCGGUACUGUAACUUUCACUGAUGUCAGAGCAGAUUUCAGUCUGUUUACUUGUUUACUAAUCUGUGCAGGGUGGUAAACAAACAGCAGUGGUCAGAAGUCCUGAUCCAGCCCUCAUGUCUUCAGAUUUCCCUUCUUCUGACCCAGUUGAUCCUGUCUGUGUGUUCUGGUCCAACAGUUCUCAGGGCUUCCUGUAGGACUGUCAGAGGUUUUCUUUGGACUUUGGCUGAUAUUCACUCCUUUUCAGUCCAGUAGCUGACAACAGAAGAACUUUCAGGACUAAAAGAACCUUCUCCGGCAGAUAAACAGAACCUGAAGGACCUUCAGUAGUUCUGGAGAACUGUUGAUCCAAACACUUGAAGAGAACAAGAAGUUUGGCUGUUUGCAAGGAAAACCUGCAGAAAUGAGGACUGGUUGGAAGUUCUGAUCCAGUACCGUUUGUUCCCACUUAGCUUCAGUUCUAUGAAUGUUGUUUGGAUGUUCUGAAGUCAGAAUUUUGGACUGAAAGCUGCUUCAGAGUCCAAUUGGACUCUUUCAGAUCAAUUUUGGAGCGUUUGGCUGAACUGAACUCUGCAGUAAAGCUUCUGGACCGGACUUUAACAAAGUCCUGAGAUCCGAUCCGAGCUCUGACCCACAUGCUGCUGCUCCGCUGGUUUUGUGCCAAACAUGGCUGCUUCCUUUUUGUUUGUCCUGGUGCCUGAAUGUACUGACGGGUCUGUUGGACGGUGACGGUCCUGUUGGACGGUGACGGUCCUGGAGGACGGUCACGGUCCUGUUGGACGGUGACGGUCCUGGAGGACGGUGACGGGCGUGGAGGACGAUGACGGUCCUGGAGGACGAUGACGGUCCUGGAGGACGGUGACGGUCCUGGAGGACGGUGACGGUCCUGGAGGACGAUGACGGUCCUGGAGGACGAUGACGGUCCUGGAGGACGGUGACGGUCCUGGAGGACGAUGACGGUCCUGGAGGACGGUGACGGUCCUGGAGGACGGUGACGGUCCUGGAGGACGAUGACGGUCCUGGAGGACGAUGACGGUCCUGGAGGACGGUGACGGUCCUGGAGGACGAUGACGGUCCUGGAGGACGGUGACGGUCCUGGAGGACGGUGACGGUGUGUUUGUUGAGGAAACUAAUUCUGUUACAGGCUGCGUUGCCCCUGCAGCCCAGAACUGGGGAUACCUGGAACUCCCGACGAGCCCAACGAGCUCCAUGGCCCGUUUAGCAGGUUUGUACUGGUCCUGGUGGACCUGCUGAUUGAGGCUUCAAAUAAACUGGUAACACUUGACCUCAGUUCCUGCUGUCAGCGUCCACUCUCCAUCAGCCAAUCAGCAGCAGUCUAACCCACAGCCUCCAUGGAGAGUGGACGGCAGCGAACUGAACCAACCACUAAUUAUUGGGUCUGAAUGACGGCGCCACCUGCAGUACAGCGGCAGCAGAACCCAUCCAGAACUGAUCCAUUAGAAAUAUUAACAACUUCCUCAUUUAAACUUGAUGCUCCCACAUCAGCUGAUCCCGACGCUGCUUCAGUCUGGAAACAUUCUAGUUAAAUUAGGAGGAUUUUAGUUUUAUGGUUGGAAAACUCAGUUUCAGGUUAAAAACAUCUUUAAUUAGUGAAAUGUUGUUAAAAGCUGAAGAUUUAUUUGAUGAUGAAGGAUUUUCUUUUAACAUGAACUGUUUGCUGUAAGCUAAGAUGCUCCACAGCUUUUAGUGAUGUAAAAAUCGACUCCAUAAUGAAUCAUUUUAGGACUUUAUGCGCCUUUAAUGUGACAUUUUCCUGCACAAUUCAACUGAAACCCAAACUAGUCUGUUGGUGGAAAAUGUAAGUAAUGAAAAUCUGCAAUAACCUGGUUGCAUAAGUUUGCACACCCUCAAACUAACAUUUUGAAGCAACUUCUGGUCCAGAUUCAGUGUUCAGUCUUUUUCAGUUCACACCUGCAAUCAGUUAAACUAAAUCUGAUGAACCUGAAAUAAAAGUUCUGAUGUUCUGGUUGGAUUUUCCUAACAUUUGCUCAUUUUUAUCUUGUAGCUGAAGUCACAGAGGAUCAGAUGAUUUCAGUGUUUAAAGGUAUCAGUCAGGAGAAGAUGACAAAACAAUCCAUAAGAUAACAUGGUCACCAUGGCAACAUGAGGACAGGAGUCAUUGGAGACAAUAUGGGACAUCAGUGACUUUAGGAAAACUGGACAUUUGUCCACAUUUGUUGAAAAGACGACAGGAAGUGGUCAGAGAGACGCCAAGAGGUCGACUAAAACACUGAAGGAGCCGCAGGAGUUUCCCAACCAGUACCGGUUCUGUUCUACAUGUGACAACUGUCUCCACAUGUCUGGACUAAGGAGAAAGAUUGAAGAACAUUCCAGAGAAAAUGUCCAGACAGGCUAGAACCUUGUGGAAGAAUGUUAUAUGGUCUGAUGAAACCGAGCCUGAAAUUCUGGUCAGAAUUCAAAACGUUAAAUUUAACACAAAUUACACUAAAUAUUAACAAAAUAACACCAUCCUUACAGUGAAGCAUGGUGAUGGCAGUAUCAUGAUCUGCGCUUACUUUCUUUUAAACUUAACAGGGUGGAUGUUGAGUGGGUCGGGUUCAGAUCCAAACCCUCCAGUGAUCAGCUAGAAAGCUGAAGAUGAAGGGUUUAAUAAUCUAUCAUCACAGUGAGACCAAACAUAGAUCCAAAACAACUAAGAAAUUACUUCAUAGGAGGAAAAAUAAAGUUUUAGAAUGGCCUAGUUAAAGUCCAGGACUAAAUCUGAUGGAAAAUCUGAGCAAUGAGCUGAGGAGGGCACCGAAGAGGAGAUGUGUUUACAAUCUGACAAGAGUUGGAUAACUUUUAGAAAGCAGGCUGCCAGACUGCAACCAACGAAGACUGAACCUGAACCAUAAACUACUACAGAGCUUUAGAUUAAGGGUGUGCAAACUUUUUAAUCCAGGUUAGAGCAACUUGUUGAUUAGUUUGUUGUAAGUUAAACAGGAUAAAUGUUGCAUUAAAUGUGGAAAAUGUUCUGAAAUGAUGUAUCAUGGUCUCAUUUCUUACAUCAUUAAAGCCUUUAACAGGGUGUGAAUACUUUAGAGACCUGCAGAUAAUAAAGAACCUCAUUGGUCAGUCUCUGCUCUGAGCUGGAACCUGAUUGGUCAGCCGCCUGCUGCCUGAGCAACAUGAUUGGCUGAGGAUCAUGGGUCAGCGCUGUGAUUCCUGCAGACUCCUGAAACCUUUGAGUGGAAUAAAAACAGCAGAAACUACGUGGGGACAUAAAGGCCAAACAGCUGUCUGGUGUUUUCUACUGAAAUUAUUUAUUUUUGUAGAUUUGGACCAACGAGUUCUGCUGUUACUGCCGUCACAGUCACGCUCUUUGUAUCAGAAUAAACAUUUGUACCGAACCGAA